AUGACUGAUGCGGUCGGCUCUGAGGAGUCUCAAGAUGCCACCCUCCGAAAGCCCACCGACCAGGCCACCAACAGCGGAUCGAACAGUGCACCUGCCACGGUCUCAAAGUCCAUCGAGAUGGCUUCGGAUCCCACGCCAGCUGGAGUAAGAAAUGACCGAGUCAUGGCUGAUCCAGCUGCUGAGGCAGAUGCGGAUGGCGAUUCGGAGGCAGAGACAUUGAUUCAGUCACCAGAGAAGCAGAGGACCACCACCGAUAACACAUCUGUAAUAGGAUCGGCAAGUAUUACCAGGCCCAAAGAUGGACAGUCAACCGCUGCAGUUGCUGCGACUGCAAAUGAUGACAAUUCCAGAAAGCGCAAGCGUAGCGUCGAUGAUGCGCAGGACGAUCAUGCCUUUUCCGUCUCCAGUCGUCGCAGCUCACCUUUAUCAUCGCCUCGAAGGACGCCGCAAACGCCAGAGAGCGGCUUAGAUGUAUCGGACUCUAUGCCAUCCCCAAAGCCAGAGCCGGUGCUGCGCAAGCGUGAGGACGAGAUCGGCGAUUUGCGUGAUGCCGAAGGGAAGCCAGUCAAGAAUCAAAGUCGCAGGCGUCGUCCAAGCGAUUUGCCUCCGAUAAGCAAACAUCGCACAAAGAACAGUAGUGGCGGAGUGGAUCCGACCUCGUCAGAACGCCGCGAAACCAGAUCAGCUACUUAUCCUCGCCAUGCUUCACCAGACCGCUCUCCUUCGCCAAGGCCACAAAGACGGGAACACAGGCGAGGUAUAUCGACCCAGUUGACGCUUGGCGAUCAUGAGAGGAAAAAGCGUGGACGACCUCCGUCAAUUCACACCAGACGAAGUGGUUCGGCAGACAACACUCGUGACCGAUCCAUCUCUUCGGACGUGUCUGACUCCCCUCGACAACCGCGGCCUGUCCUGCUGCACAAGUUCUCGUCUACAGAGCAUGAUACCAUGUCGCCCAUCAAACCUCCCGGUCCUCGCAAGUGGCGCGACAAGAACGGCAGAACCUUCCUGUCACGGGCCUGUAGUAACAAUGACCUUGCAGCGGCGAAAACCAAAUUUUCCGAACGACCAGAAGAUCUCAACCAACCAGAUAACGCAGGAAACACUCCGCUCCAAAUCGCCGCGCUCCAGGGUUAUGUCGAUAUUGUGAAGUUCCUGUUGGAAAACGGGUGUGAAAUCGAUACUCGGAACAUCGACAAAGACACGGCACUUAUUGACGCGGUUGAGAAUGGUCAUGUUGAGGUCGUCAAACUCCUCCUCGAGUACGGAGCGAAUCCACGAAUGGGCAACGCUAAGGGCGAUGAGCCAUACGAACUUGUUCCUCAGGAUGACGAAAACUAUGAACAGAUCCGACGGCUGCUUGCUGACGCGAAAGAGAAACUCAGCAACAGGCGGGUGUCUUCUGAGCACAACGACACGGCUCGAGACGGGAAUUCAUCGAGGGCGGCUUCUGCUGCCAGUCCCCGUGAUUCCCCGCCCUUGAUGGGCCCCAGAAGUCCCCAUGCGGGUUACGGAAGGCGAAGAACCGGCCGCAGUGAAUCGACUCGAAACGAUCUUCUCUGGCAAGCAAAUACUCAGGAAAAUCUGAAGAAGUUGGCUGGAAAAGGUGAUGUCCAAGGCGUGGCAAGCAUCCUCAACGUUCUGCAAAAAGCGGAAACGGAAGCUUUGAUAGCAGCCGCUAAAGCAGGGCACGAAGAGGUUUUGCAGCUGAUGCUGGCCAUGGGCGAUCCCGAACCUGACCCUGACCCGAUUCGAAGUCUCAGACCUGGGUACAAUACUCCCAUGCUUGCAGCCAUUGGGAAGGGACAUCCAGAAGUUGUCGAACUACUUGUUGAGCAGUCAGGUUUCAAUCCUACAAGGAGGAUUCUUAAGGGGAAGACUUACUUUGAGGUCGCUGCCGAGCGGAAAGGUGAGCGAUGGGAGCAGGAGCACGAGAUUCUGAAGACCGCCUACGACAAAUUCCUGGGCAAGCAUCGAAGAUUAAGCUCUCCACGAACUACCAGAGAUGUGGACAAGGCGAAAACCCGGCUUAAUCGUCGUUCUCAAUCUCCGGUCUCUAAUAAAUCGCAGAAUUCCUCGAGCCCGAUAUUGACGCAGAAACAUUUAGCGGGCAAGUUAACCUAUCUUUCAGAGAAAGGAAAAGACCGAGAUCUUGGUUCUGUGGACGGACAAGACAGGCGCAAGCACCAUGCUUCUAAACGAGAUGUCGGCGAUUCACCUCUGGCAGUCUCUUCUGAUCAGGAUCAGACCAUACACGUUCCUCGAAAAGGCCAUACCAAACGACGGAGUCAGAGCGACCUGCCACCACCGUCCAAUCUGGAAUCUGAGGUCACGCACCGACGAAGACGUCUCGUUACUGGCAAAGAACAUCGCAGCAAUAAGAGCAAUUUAGAUGCGUCUUCAGAUGAAGAGCUCAUGGUGGCGGUGAAGACGGAGGGCAGACCGAGCACGGUGCUCAAACGGAAUCGAGAAAGUGUUUCGCCAGGGCCAGCGGUGACCGUGGAAGGUGACAAUGGUCGUAGCGCAGCUAAGAAGCGGAGGACCAUUAUCGAAAGCAGUCCGGAAGAAACCCGCCCUGGUCCCAAGAAACAAAACAGUGGCGCGUCAUCUCCCACGCUUGACCGCAAAUCGGCAGAGGGAAUGGGCUUGAAGCGCGAGAAAUCAAAAUCUCAGCCGAGUGUUGAGAGAGAACCAAAUGAGGCCAUGGAUCUUGACAAGCCUGGAUUAGACACAGUGUCCGACUCUAUUGAGAUCAUACCGUCGGCGGGCCUUCAACGUGGUGCCGGGCCUCAACGCACUAUGACGGCCGAAUCCAUCAAAGCCGAGCCGGCCCAGGCAGGUCCUUCUGAGCCUGACAUUCAGCUUCAAAGCAAAGAAAAGGCUCCUGACGCCGAAGACGCUCAGCGCCUCGAGGAGAGUAAACGACUUGAGGAAUUCAGGCGACUUGAGGCUAAACAGCUUGAAGAGUCUCGACGUUCUGAGGAGGCCAAGCGCCUUGAAGACGUACGGCGACUGGAAGAGGCAAGACGACUAGAAGAGACUAGAAGAGUCGAAGAGGCACGACGACUGGAGGAAAUUCGACGAGACGAGGAGAUACGACGAACGGACGAAAUCAGGCGCACCGAAGAGGCACGACGACAAGAAGAAAUCAGACGUGUCGACGAGGCACGACGGAUCGAAGAAACCAGACGAGCCGAGGAGGUACGACGACGGGAAGAAAUGAGACUAGCCGAAGAGGCGCGACGAGCGGAAGAGAAUAGACGCCGUGAAGAGGCUAGACGAGCCGAAGAAGCACGACGGCUAGAAGAAACACGACUGCUCGAAGAGGCAAGACGUCUCGAAGAGGACAGACAGGCCGAGGAGGCCAGACGAGCCGAAGAAGCCCGGCGGCUCGAAGAGGCCAAGCGGGUGGAGGAAGAACGCAUUGCAGCUGAGAAGGCAGCAGCAGAGCGAAAACUGGCGGAAGAGGCCGAGCAACGCAAAAAGGCUGAAGAGGAAGCUGCGCUUAAGCGGAAGGAAGAGGAGGAACGGAGAGAGCGCAUAAAGCGUGAGCUCGAAGAAAGACAACGCAGACAAGAAGAGCAGCUCAGAGAGCAACAACGCCGAGAACGGCUCGAGGCCGAGCAGCGCCGUCGGGAGGCAUUACCGGCGUUGCUCAAGCACUGUGCCCUUCUCAUCGACAAUAGCGAUCCUAAGGCCAGAAGCGAGCCCUGGUUGAAGCUUUUCUUGCCAUUGUAUACUGUCAAGACCACGCAGCUCGACCCUAAUACUCCGGAUGCCAAUCGGAACGACCUCUGGAUUCCGAAUUUCCAAGUUGCUGGACUGCUUGCGACCAAGGAUCUGAACCUGCGAAGUUAUACCUCCCUGGAGAGACGACCUGUCACGCCACACGAAAGACAGCGUCUUUGGCAGGUAGCGAGGAAUAACCUGUCAUAUGAGUUCCCAACCAAUCAGUACAAUACGACGAUCAAGAUGGCGAUCCAGCGCGAGCGAGAGGAGCGGCCAAAGUUCUUUGCCAUGGACGAACUUUUCUGGGUAAAGCUCUCUGGCUUUGAAGAUCAGAUCUUCCGACAUCCGCACCUGGCGAACCUGAAGAUCAGGAAACAGCCCAUCUCCCUUCGAGUCCUUUCCUUGCAGCAGCACAACGCAGACGCAUCGUCUCCACAAAGUCCUGCUGCACUCCCUGAUUUUGGGAGUCACGUAAAAUCAGGCCAACUGUCGAAUGGCAUGACUUCCCAUUUGUCGCCCAUUGUUAACGGUAACGGAUCCGGGUACACACAUUGA